ACUCGUUAAUUGGGUUUCACGCCGGUUUCGUCACUCGGCGUUCCCUCGCACAAUCCGCCCUUUGUGGAGAAUGCGGCCCCGCGUCGGCCACGCCGCUCGCAAUAGACGAUUGGAUUCCACAACAAAGUCGAAACGACUUGGACGAUUUCAAGGGGAACGCGGACCGGGUUCCCGUUCGGAACCCGGCCCGCGAUCGCAUAGACGAUCUUUGGCAACGGGUGGGCGUCGGGUCGCCUUGCGUACCCCCACGCCCCCCCCCCCUCCUCCCUUCCCUUUCGUGGGUGAGCGUGGGCGGCCCCGUGUGGCAGGAGGGGAGAGCGAAACACGACACCCCCGGCGGAGGAGAGGGCGGAGGAAGGAGGGGGGGGGGAGGGACGGGGCGCUCCACUGAGUGGAAAAAGAAAAAGUGCGUGCCGGAGAAAGCGGCGCACAGAAACUAGACUCGGCUCGGCCACUUUUGUUCCUCCCGAGAAGAAGACGAAGAAGAUGGCGACGGCGGCGGCGAUGUGGAGCUCGAGUGGACCGCGCGACGUCGUCCCGAGCGGCCGCGCGCAAGCGUAGCCUCGCCGCCACUUCUUGUCGGUUCCUUUCAGGGCUCCCGUCGAGCGAGCGGUCGCCAGCCGCCCCCAACUUCGGCCUAGCCAGCCCAACUUUUGGCCGCAUGAAAACAAGUCGAGGCGGCUCGUCAAAAGUUGCAAAGUGUUCCGAGCGGGGAUCCGAGCCGACGAGCUGCCGCCGCCGCCGCUGCCCUCGAUUCUGGGUGACAAUUUCGGGGAGAACCGACACGGCGCGACCGACAGGCUAACGCGGCUAAGCAGCUAAAAGCACAGCCAGGAGGAGAAGAAAAAAAAAAAAAGAAGAGAGGAAAAAGUUGCAGUCGACGGGCAAAAGUCAGCCGAGAAGCCGCCCGACCGCCGCCAUGAAGACCCCGGGCGAGCCGGGUUUCGCCUUCCCCGAGUGGGCCUACAAGCCCGAGUCCAGCCCGGGCUCGCGCCAGAUCCAGCUGUGGCACUUCAUCCUGGAGCUGCUGCGCAAGGAGGAGUACCACGACGUCAUCGCCUGGCAGGGCGACUACGGCGAGUUUGUCAUCAAGGACCCGGACGAGGUGGCCCGCCUCUGGGGCGCCCGCAAGUGCAAGCCGCAGAUGAACUACGACAAGCUGAGUCGCGCCCUCAGGUACUACUACAACAAGAGGAUCCUCCACAAGACCAAAGGCAAAAGGUUCACCUACAAGUUCAACUUCAACAAACUGGUGCUGGUCAACUACCCCUUCAUCGACAUGGGCUCCGGUCGCGGCGUCCCGCAGAGCGCCCCGCCGGUGCCCACGGGGGGCACCCACUUCCGCUUCCCCCCCUCCACCCCGUCGGACGUGCUGUCGUCCAGCGAGGAGCUCCGCAGUCCGGGCGUCUUCAGCAGCGUGGCGCGGCGCAUGGCCCGCGGGUCCGUCAGCGACUGCAGCGACGGCACCUCCACCAACUCGGAGCUGGAGGAGGCGACGGGGGCCGAGGAGCGGGGGGCGGGGCCGGAGAGGGCCUUCAGGGGCCUCCUCCCGCCCCGCCUGCCCCACGAGUCUCUCUUCAGGCUCUACGGCGCCGCCCCCAACCCGGCGGGCCUCCCCAGACCCCACAGGGUCCACCCGGAGCCGCUGUCGCCUUUCCCGGUGUCCCCGCUGCCGGGCCCCGGAGGGCUCCUGGCCCCGACCCUGUCCCCGGCCCUCUCGGUGACGCCCACCCCGCACCUGCCUUACACCCCCUCCCCGUCCUUGGCCUCCCCCAUGAUGGGCUCCCACUUCUCCUUCAACCCGGAGGACAUGAAGCACUACCUUCAGGCCCACACCCAGUCCGUGUACAACUACCACCUCAGCCCCCGCGCCUUCCUGCACUACCCCAACAUCAUCAUCCCGCAGCCCCACCGCCCCGCCCCGGAGAAGCCGCCCCCCCGUCACCUGCACGGCCCUCCUCCCCUGCCGCUCUCCCAUCCGCUGGGGGGGCAGCCCGGCGGCGAGGAGGGCUUCGAGUUCAAGCUGCAGCCGCCGCCUCUCGGGCGCAAGCAGAGGGAAGCGGGAAGCUCUCUGGCGGCGGAGGCGUCCUCUUCCUCUUCCUCUUCCUCUUCGGCGGGAAAGUCCUCCUUGUUGGCUGCGGCGGCGGCGGCGCCCAAGAUCAAGGUGGAGCCCGUAUCCGACAUCGAGUCCGAGGAGGAGGAGGUGGAAGUGACCGACAUCAGCGAGGAAGACGAGGAGGACGACAUCUUCGCGCCUUUGCCCCGCCGCCCGCUCUACGAUCAUUCCAGGGCCAACGGGGGCCCCCGCCCCGACGCCGACGACGACGACGACGACGAGGAGGUCUUCAAGACGCCGGCCACCCCGCCUCUGGGCGCCGGCCACUCGGCGUUCCCGCUCCUCAGCCCCAAGGCGGAGGCGGAGCCGGCGCCGGCGGCGCCCGUCGGCCCCGGCGGCACCCGCUGCAUCCCGCUCAAACUGCGCUUCAAGCGACGCUGGAGCGAGGACCAAAAGAUGGAGGCGGACGGCGAGCGGGACGAAGCCGAGGACAAGAAGGUGAGGGCCGAGGGGGGGGGCCCGCUGGACAACGGGGACCCGCGGGGCCUCAUUUUGGGCCUGAUGAUGCCCCCGCCGCCCGGCCGGCGCCGGGCCAGCUCCGAGCUGCAGAGGGCCACCGCUCAGUUGUCCCUGGAGAACGCCAGCUGCUGAGAGGGCGCCACACCCCCCCCCCCAUCCCCGGAGCGCCCCCCCCCCCCCAAAAAAAAAAAAAAAAAAAGUACUGUAAACGGAAUACGCGCACAAA